CAGGAAUGUGGAGAAUGGGGCCUGCGUUGAAUCAUGCGUGGUGCUGUCAGCUCCCUUGUGCUGCCUUUGAGCUGAGGAGAGAAUUGGCUGCGCUUGUGCUGAGUUCAGGCCUUUUGAGCUCUGGGGAAAUGUGUUGAGGCUGCAUUUUCUUCAUUGCAGUCAUUGCGUUUGGCACUUUUCAGUGUGAUCUUUCUUCAGGAAGCUAUCAAAAGCUGAGCAAUCAGCAGUCUGGAGAGUUAGGCCAAGUUUGGUCUCUUGUCUCGGUGCCAGUUUUCUGGGUGUCCUCUCUGCAAGCUGCCAAAUAACCCCGUCUCUGAGCCUUCAGAUGGUACCCAAAAAAUAGCCAACAACUAGUCUCUGGGUUGUUCUUCCCAUUCUGCUGACUGACUCGUGUGUUGCUGUGUCUCAUUUUGAUCCCCUUGGGAAGGGGGACUUUUCAGGGUCCGGACUGUGUCAGCACCCCUGCCAACUCUCCAGCCUGCCCCAAGGAGCUCUCUUCCCAAUACCCUGCCUGAUGCAGCACGUUUGUUGCCUUGUUUGUUUUAUUUCAGCUCUGCUGUAAUGAAGGAAGCUUGAGUGCUUGCCAGGCAGCUGGAAAUUCUUUAGCGCCGCAAGGCAAACAAAUUUCUGUGGUCUCACUGACCGCACCUGCCCUUGGCUCCUUACGCUCACAGAAGAUGGUGCAGAGCGGUUCUGCAGAGGUGACAUUAUUGGUCCCCCCAGCUAUUCCCUUCCCUCUCCCCUUUUCCCAGCAGCCAUGUUGUUUGCCAAGUAGGAACAGAGGAAAGAAAUAUGACAGUAUGGGAGAGAGUGAAGAACUGAUUUUAUGAAGCAGUUGCUUGUGUGCUGUCCGUCCUGCGUUAGCCUGCUUCACUGCAGCUGCCUGCCUUGGAUGGGAAAGUGACACUUUCUACACCAGCACUGUCGGGUUGUAGCGGACAUCUCGUUGGAAGGAGCAUUGUCCUCUGGGUAUAAAUAGCCUGCCUCCUGGCAGGCUGGAGGCUUUGGGAACGUCUCUGCCGGUGUCCUGGAGAAUGCUGACCCCGUUCACCUCUAAUAGGUGGUAGAUGCAUUGCGGGGAGCCUGCGCCACCGCUGCUAGAGGAGCAUAAAUUCGUAUUUGCUGACUUGUGCAUCUGGUUCUUGGCUAUUACUGUACAUCAGUGCCUCUUACAUUUAGCAAAGCAGUAGCAAACAGAAUUGUUGUUGGCUGCUUGGCACCAGAGAGGCGAAAGGUACAGAGGUGUUUGUAGGCUGCACUUGCACAGGAAUGCUUGCCUCGCUUGACGUGUGCAGUUCCUGGCUCUCCAAGGCACAGCUAUGUCUGUUGAACAAUACCUGAGUGGAUUAAUUCACUGGCCAGUGUAGCAGCACUCUGAACUAAAACCUGAGGGAGGAGGAGGUAUGUAGGGGCAGAAACAGGAGCUUGGGUAUGAUUCACUGUAAAAACAGGGAGCUGAUCUUAGCAGUUGUGAUGUCCUGUCUUCCGUGGCAGUGAAGGAGCCUGCUCUCCUCUGGUUUUGGCUGCCCUUGAUCUUUGUUUUCUUAUGAGCAUACUUUGGCUCGGGAGAUAAGGGAGGGAGAAGGUGGUUUUGGGCCCUGGCGUUACCAGGGACCGAUAGGGACUUUCUCACAGAAGAGACCUACAGCUGGGGUCAGCUUUGCAUGACUGGGAGAGGUGAAAGCUGCUGAGGCAUCGGCCCAAAUUUGUGAUGGGAUUCCAGUGUGCCCAAAUGCUUCCUUCUGCUGCAGUAUCAGGCUGUCUUUCAAUUCUUUGGGAAAGGCUGGGUGCAGAACUUUGACUUGAACCUGGCUGUACUGGCUUUCCUGGGAAGCAGAAAAAGUUUGGAGAGGUGUGAGCAGAGCAGUGGUGUUCUCCUGUCCUGCAGUAUGCCCAGCAAGGUGUGUUGUGGAGGCAAAGGCUUCCCCUGUGCUACUUGUCCAGGGUCACGUGUUCUUGAACCGUGCUGUUUUGUGUCCUUGGGGACGCCUAGAAUCUGGUAGGACUCUUGUCCUGGGGAGCUUCUGGGCUAUGCUUGGGCACCUGUUGGAAGGGCGUGUCGGAGCAACUGGCUGCCUUGCUCUGCUUAGGAGUUACAAGGAUGAGGCAGGGAGCAAGAGGCGCAGAGUGCCAGCAUGCUGAGUCAGCAUGACUGGCCUGGAGCAGCCGUGCUCUGGACCCAGCCUGCUGCCUGCCAGGCUAUUUUUAAAAAUGUGGCUUCCGUGUAUUCUGACUCCUCCUAGUUUUUUUAAUUUCCCCCACCCCAAGCAAAAGGACCAGCAUUGCCACAAAGGCUCCGUGGGAGUAGGGGUGUGGAAGGGCAGCAGUUUCUGCUCAGGGACAGAAUUUGCCAUUUAACCUGACUGACAAGGCUGUCGUGUUAUGACGACCCCCAACAAAGGAAACAAGGCCUUGAAGGUGAAGCGGGAGCCAGGCGAGAAUGGGACCAGCUUGACAGAUGAGGAGCUGGUGACCAUGUCUGUGCGGGAGCUGAACCAGCAUCUACGGGGCCUGUCGAAGGAGGAGAUCAUCCAGCUGAAGCAGCGUCGUCGCACGCUGAAGAACCGGGGCUACGCGGCCAGCUGCAGAGUCAAGCGUGUUACCCAGAAGGAGGAACUGGAGAAGCAGAAGGCAGAGCUGCAGCAAGAAGUGGAGAAGCUGGCCUCUGAGAACGCCAGCAUGAAAAUGGAACUUGAUGCUCUGCGCUCCAAAUACGAGGCUCUCCAGAACUUCGCCAGAACCGUGGCCCGGAGCCCCGUGACCCCUGCGCGGGGGCCUCUCACCUCCAGUAUGGGGCCCCUCGUCCCUGGCAAGGUUGCUACUACUAGUGUCAUCACAAUAGUGAAAUCCAAAACGGACGCCCGGUCUUAGUGAAGCGAGUGUUGCCUGAGCUUGUCUGUGCAGGGCAAUUAGGCACAAAACCAGCCUGGAAUCCCCAAAGCACAAACCCUCCCCACAUGGGUCCGGGUUCCUUCUACUUGGCCCAGGACUGGCCUGCUGAUCACUCCAGUUUUAUUUUGAUGUGUCCAGAUUGAUAUGAGCAGUGGUGAUGCGUCCCUUGUCCUUUGCAGACAGAGCCUCCCACCCAGCGGUCUGUAGCCCUCGGGCGCCCUUGGGACAGGCUGCGAGAUCUUGGUUUUCUAGCCAAAGAAAGUCUGUGCAGCGUGGCCGACGGCAGGGCGACGGAAGGGCUUGGGGCAGGUCUGGAGGGAGGCUUUCUUCCUGGGGGCUGGGAACCCUAAUUUUUGGUCACUUCCAAAGGCUUUACUUCAUUACUCUUCCAGGUGGUGCAUCUCGGUGCCUGACUGCCAGGCACCUGAACCUGCUGCUUUUGUCUCAUUUGGUACCCGUAGUUGCAGUUGGGGUGUUCUGUGUAAUAGGUUUUAUUCCUUUCUAGGUGUGCCUCUGUGCCCUAACAGUGGGUUUCCUUCAGACGUCCGUUGCGUUAGCCGUGUAAACUAGCAGUGGUGGGAAGGAAGAUGCUGUCAUGCCCUGCUGCCUUUGCCCCAGCAAUGGGGAAGGAGCUGGCACGGGGCCCUCGCAGGGGCUCAGCACCCCAGGGGAGGGAGGGAGGGUACCGUGUUGACUGCAGGCCGGUUUUGUGCCUAAUGCGUUGCACUGAACAAGACCAAAAUCACUAGUCGUUCCCGUGUUUUGAGGGUAUCAAGUGUCUCUAGUGUGAUGGUUUACACAACCAGUUUAUGUGGUUAAAUAGCCCUUUAUUUAAAGAGAGAAACAUCAUUUUAAGAAUUAUUAAAUUAUCUAAGUUUAAAAUUAAAAUCAGACAGAAGAGAGAGCGUAUUUAUAGUCAGCUUUUUUAUCUGAGAGGGCGAGAAUAUUUGACCAUAUAAAUGGGGAAAUAUUCUCGGAGACUUUGCUAGUUAAAAGUUAAUAAAUAAAUAAUUUUAAAGUUUCUCAUGAACCUCCCGCAAACUGUUUGUGGCUCUGAGGUUAGUUUUUAUAAAGAGUUAUCAGACUUUAUUUAUAAAACUUAGAAAAAGACAAAAAAAGAGGCAAGUCCUGUUUGAUAUCUUUUUGCAAUUGUACCAAAAGUGACUUAUUCUCGACCUUGCUGGCUUCUGUUGUGUCCCCUCGUGUUGCGCUCUCUGAGCUCUUGCGUGGCGCUGUGGUGUGGUGGUGCCAGUGGCUGCCUUUGCCAUGUGCUGUCGUUUCAUGCUGCCAUCAUUUUCCCUAAGCUUGACCGAGAGAUUGAAUUGGAAUCUCUCCGAAUUCUCCAGAAGGAUUCUGGCACAUGGGCAAAGGCACUGCUGUUCUUGAAGUCAAAACCCAAAUGGCUGGUGCAACUACGUAGUGAUGCCUGCCCAGAAAACACUUCUCUGCAGAGGCGUGCUGCAGGAGCACAGGCAGCUUGGGCCUCUUGCUGAGCAGCCAACACCGGGUAGCUCAGUUACCUGAAUGGGGAAAAUGUUGUGCUUUCCUUCCUCCAGCAACAGCGGUAGAGAAGUAACACAAGGGAGAAUUGUCCAAGUUUAGGAGGAGACCUGUGGAAUUGGAUCCUGUGGUCAGAACUUGUGUUGCUCUUGCUGCUCAUCUGACAAGAGGGGCAAGUCUGCCUGCCUUCUGGGCAGUGUGGGACCAGCGCUAGUCCUGAGUGUCUGCAUAUUACUGAAAAUUAAGCUGUGGCAUGGUUACUGUCUUUCCUGGUGCAGCUUCUGUCUGUGGGUGUUGGAAGAGUGCUUAGACUUACAGCUGUGUGACACAGCUGAGAAGCUAUUUGUGGCCAGGCUCCAUUUCCACAAACACUUUGAUCCCCCUCUCCCCUCCACAGAGAUUUGAGCUGAUUAGAGUUGUUUUAGAGAAGCAGGACAUGGGGGUGAAGUCCGUGUGAUCUCCUGGCUGCUGAAAGCCUCCUGAGUGGAGGGGACAGACCAGGAUGGCACAAGUGAAACCAGUCCUGUGUGGAGGCACGGUUCACCAUACUGGGUGGGUUUUGGUGUUGUGUUUCUCAUGUAGCUGGACUGAUACUGCUCUCCUCUGGGCUCAGAAGCAUGUAAACCUGAUGAAAGCUGCCGUGUGGCAGGAGAGGAGCCGAUAGUUGGUAGGGAUUUCCUGCUGGACGGGGAGAUCAGAUGUGCUCUGAUUGACUGGGCAUUUAGAGAGAAGCUGUCUGGGAUUCUUUUCCCAGUGAACUUCCAAAACGAGGAGGUUAGAACAUCACCUUCAGGCUUCCCCCUCCCAGCCCUGGGCUUUCUCUUCUCUGAGUGGAAGCACCCAACAUGCUGCUUCCCAGCCAUUCACUGGAUGGGCUACACUGAGCAGCACUCAGCACAGAACUCUGGGCACUAACCUUUGUCUUCCAGCUGGUGACACGGUGCCUGGAAGAGGUGAUGUUCCAAAACAUGGAGACCUGCAGUUGGCCGGGCAUGUCAGUCCCAACCCUGUCCUUCCUGGAGCCAGCCUGAGAUCGAGCCUGGCUAGAGAGCCAUUCUGAACCUAGCUGGAGGCCUCACCUCAGCAGGGUGAGCAGCCAAGGUUUUGUGUUAGGAACUGAGGUCCAGGGGCUGGAGGCUGUGGUGUGAGGAGGGCCCCAUCAACAGAGCAGAUGAUGGGCAAUCCUGCAGCCAUGGUGAACUUUCUUCCGUUGUGCUCUGCAGCAAGGAAUGUCUGGGUCCUUCCCUGCCUGCUGGGGGGCAGCUGUGCUGUUGCCGGUAAGAGGCUGGCUGCUUUGGAGUGAGACCAUGAGUCAGGAGGACAGAGCAGGUGGCAGCACUGACUCCACCAGAUGUUAGUGCUGUAAUUUCUCCUCCCCUGUGAUGUGCUUGCUAGCUGGUGGCCCAGCCUGCUCCCAAUGGCUGAGGUUUUGAUGAGGACACAUUAUGUAGGGUGGAGCGGGUGCAAAGCCGUGGCUGAAGGGUGCCUCUGUGGUAAACAAGCUCUGCAGGUGCUGGGCUGGAUGUCAGUGGGGACACGGUCCCCUCGAGAGUGCUGCUUCCCUAUGCUAGCGCGUUGGUUUUGGUUUUGUUCUUGGUGAAGUGUUGGACACUGGGUGAUGUAUUUCUGCAGUGUCCAAGGAGUCUCCUGUCCUGCUCCGGGGGACCCAGUCCCCUGCCAGCUGGCUUCCUGUUCCCCAUGCGAGGCGACCCCUGCCCCGAGCCGUCACGCUGACCUCUCUCUCGUAUUAUAGCGUUCUGGAGUGUGACAGUUCUUGUUCCUGAGGUGCUCGUCCGUUUGGUUUCCUGCUGUGAAGGGUGUCGUGUUUUCUUUCUCCUUUUCCUGGUGCCGUUACUGCGGUGGGUGGGGAAGGGGGGGGCCCUGCCCCAGCCUGCCCGGAAAGCGAACCCGUGGGGCGUACCCCCACGCCACCGCCGCCAGCGGGGAUUUGUGUAUCUUGUGGUGAAUUGUGUAAAGUUACUCCUGCCUUGCGCAGCCUCGGGGGGCAUUGCGCUCCGGCCAGGGCGAGCACUGGGAUGCCCGCUGGGAUUAAAGGAUGGAUGGAGGGACUUGUCCUGUCCCCGUCCAUCUGUCUGUCCCUGUGCCGCUGCCUGCCCGGGCCAGGCCUGGCCUGCCUCCCUGCCCGUGGUGCGGGGAGGCCCGGGCUGCUGGCGGUGGCCCUGGGAGAGGCCUCCCGGGGGGCUCUGCCGCAGUCUGGCCCUGUGAGUUGGCCGGGGGGGGGCUCCGGUGAGGGCCCGCCGCGCUGCAGGGCCUGUCCCGGCCCGGUGCCCCGGAGGCUUGGCGGGGCGGGGCGGCGGUAUUUAUUGCUAAGUUAUUGCCCGGUGCGGCGGGGCGGGCGGGCGUUAUUUAUUGCUGUACAUAGUGUCCGUCCGCGGCCGCCGCUGUUUUGUACGUGACAAUAAACCGCUUUGAAACAGC